CGCUUUUUCAGUGCUUUGCGUGUUUCAGACUCGAACGCAGCAGCAGCGCGCCCGUCGUCCCGCCCCGCCAACUGACCGACAGUGCCGACCCACCCCGUCCCGCCCCGUCCCCUUCCAGCUGACAACCCACCACGAAAGCCAAACGGCGUCGGACGACGUUCUUAUUAGAUUUUAUAGCCGCUGCCUGCUGCUGGCUCCGACUGCGACUUAGAACGUGGCAGAGAGCGAAGAGCGGGAGAGCGACAUUGUCAGCCGCGCCUUUUGCCGUUUCGUUUUCGUUCGUUCGUUCGUUCGUUCGUUCGUUUUUCGUUGUUCUCGUUGCUCGCGCGGCGUUAGAACAGCGCUGCCGCAGCCACUGUCUCGGUCGCAGCUGGCGCCGCUGCCGCCGACUGACUUAUUGGCUUUAAGCGAAUUCGAACGUUGCUCGAACUUUUAUUUCAACGUCUGGUUUCGUCGGGAAAGCAACUCUGAAACUGCCGCCCGAAAAGCGCUGCUCGAAAGCAGAUUUCAAAACUGAAAAAGAGAGAGAGUGGCAACCCCCCCCUGCCCCCAAAAACGCAGUGGCAACCCUCUCCCGCGCGCGUUACCCCCCAAACCCCAACCCCAACAAACAAAAAAAAAACAACAAAAACUGAAGAUCAAGAUCGGGAAUACACCUUAUAAAAAGAUAGAUAUAUAUAUUUAUACACACAACAGAUGAUCGAUCGUACAAUUAUUUUUGUUCAAGUGUUGAAUCCACAAAGUGUUACAACAACAAAAACAACAACAAGAAAUAAUAACUACCACAAAAUGCCUUACAACAGCGUCACGCUUUAGUGUCAUAAGAGUAGCAGUGCCACAAGUGAAAACCAAACCCCUGCUCCUUAUCUGUCCCCAAGCCCCAUUGAAAAAAAGUGACCCCAUAACAGUGUGCCGCGUGCCCCAAAGAGAACCGACCGCAAACAGGUGUUUUCCCCGCGUACGCUGGAGUAUACACAGUGUUAGUAAACAACAAGCAGUGUUGGCAGCAGUAGCAGCAGCACCAGCCAUCAUUCUUCUCACAAUCGAAGGAAUCCUGCAGAACAGCGCUGAAGUUCAGACAUCUGAUGCUCGACCAUUUGUGCAUUUGAUGAUUCGCUGUCAAACCGCCGGCUGUUCGACAUUCAACGCAUUCGUACGGGCCCCACGAUCUGAGCAACAACACGACAGAGCAGAGCCCCCCCAGAGAUCGGAUGGUACCGCAGGAACCAGAAGUCCAGCAAUGAUGAUGAUGAUGGAACCACAAAUCUCCGCUAGAGACAGAGCCAGGAACAGUCCUAACUACAAGUGAAAGAACCCCCAAGAACCCCCAAAACAUAAAAUAUAUAUAUGUGUGAUAAUUUCCCCACAAACAAAACAAACACAAAAGAGAAGAGAAACAGAAAAGAGAACAGAAUAGAACAGAACAGAACAGAAGAGAAGAGAGGAUUGGGGUAGAGACAGUGGACACCCGCGAGUGUCGGACCAAAAUACUAUAUUCGAAAUAUAUAUAUAGUACAUCUGAUAUAUAUAUAUUCUACAACAACAAAAAAAACAAAAGCGAAAAGAGAGAAUUGUUUAAACAAUAAGCAGUCCAACAAAUGCAACGCGUAGGUCUUCAACUGUGAUUUAAGCAUACAACAAACAACAAAAAAAAAGAGAGCACAUUAAUAAUUAGAUAUAACGAUAUUUAGCGAUAUAUACUUCGAAGAUAUAUCGAUAAACAAGAAGAGAUAUAAAUCGAAAGUGUGUUGUGCGGUUUUUGUGCAAUUUUUAAGUUUAAUUUUUUGAGUUUAGUUUUUGUUUUCGCUUCCAUCGAUCAACGUUCAACGAUAACCGAUAGGGGACAAACGAUAGCACACAUAUAAUCGAUUGACCAAACAACCCAUAAUCGAAACCAUGUUCAACUCAAACAUACCCGCCGCCUCGCUGCUCAGCAUCGAGAGCAGCGGCCUUAAUCUGGGCGCCCACACCCCCAAAACCCCCGAGAUCCUCAACUCCCUGAUCGCCAUGACCAAUCCCUUGGACAACUAUAGCUUUGCCACUGCGGCUGCCGUCUCUGCGGCAGUCUCGGCCUCAUCCGCCGCCUCCACGCCCGUCGUCAGUGUCAGGAACUUCAAUGGCCAUCCAACCAAUGGACAGUUGCAUUCGCAGGACAGCAGUCAUUCCAGUUGCUCGGCCUCGCCGCUUGAUUCGCCAGCGGGUGGGACUGCCACCAUGCCCAGUAUGCAACAGACAAAGUCGCAGCUGAUCAAAACCGGCCUGAAGCUGGCCAUCCAGAGCAAGCGCAAGCUCUCGACCUGCGACUCGAGCAGCGGCUCGGAGCAGCCCCAAUCGAAGUGCUCCCGCAGGAGCAGCAGCAUGAACAACAGCAGCAGCAACAACAACUGCAACAACACCAGCCACAGCUACAGUCUGAACGACGACGAUUGCGAGGAGUCCAGCGAGGAUGAGGACAGCGAGACCAAGUCCACGCCCAAGGGCCUCACGCCCGAAGACGAGGAUCGGCGGAGGAGGCGCCGGGAGCGCAACAAGAUUGCGGCCACCAAGUGCCGCAUGAAGAAGCGCGAGCGCACGCAGAACCUCAUCAAGGAGUCGGAGGUGCUGGACACCCAGAACGUGGAGCUGAAGCAGCAGGUGCGCAGCCUCGAAACGGAGCGCCGCAAGCUGCUGGAGAUGCUCCAGAAUCACGCGAAUGCCAUGUCCCAGGGCUGCCUAAGGACCGGCGGGUGCCAGCUGCCUGCCGCUCUGCUACAGUCGCCUGCACAGAAGUAUUUCCCGGAAUUGGAGCUCGAGGGCCAGUCGUCAUCGGAGGUCAACCUCACGGGUUCCAUCUCUGGUUCAAGCUCGGGCUCGGGUUCCAUCUCUGGCUCUGGUUCGGUGUCGAGCAGCAGCUCGUCUUCGCAAAGGAUGAGCAUACCAUCGAUGGCGACAUUUAAGUUUGGCUCCAAGAGAACGGCCAUGGCAGCAGCAGCAGCAGCGGCAGCACAGGUCCAGCAACAGCAGCAACAGCAGCAGCAGCAGCAGCAGCAGCAGCAGCAGCUCCCCAAUGGCUACUGCAAGCCGUCACCCAGUCCCCAGGAGUUUGAGCAUGCAGGAUACCUCAGUUCUCCCAACCAGCAGCAACAGCAACAGCAACAGCUGCAUCAACAACCCAUGAAUCCCGCCAGCAGCAACGAACAGCAACAGCAGAGCAAUGGCAGCAGUCUCGUUGUAAGCAAUCAGCAGGUAUCCGAUUACGUCCCCAAUUGCGAUGGCCUCAGCCUUGCAUUGGGUCUAGCAUCGUUGCCACUGCCACUGCCACUCCUGCCUGCCAGCACACCAACCAGCAGCAGCUCCUCGAGCAGCAACAGCAGCAGCAAUCAGACCGGCUCGGCCGCCUCAACGCCCACCAGCAGCGCCAUUGAGUUCGUGAAGAACGAACUGGUGGACGCGCAGAGUCCCUACACCACGGCCCUCAGUGCGGAGCGUUUCUUGUUCGAGCCGAGCGACGGUUUUCCGGACAUCAAGCAUGCCGUCAGUGUCCUGCCCACCAGUGACAUCAAUAGCCUCAAUAUGGCCAGUGUUGUCCAUGCAAACAGUGGCGGGGGAGGAGCGGCAGGACACCAGCACAACAACCAGCACAUCUGCCACAACCACCAUAACAACAACAAUAACAACAACCUCCUGGUGGACUUUCAUCACGGCCUCCAGAACAAUGGCCUUGGCGUGGGCGUGGGUGUGGGCGUUGGGGUGAUGACGCCCUCCUGCUACGAUGACGAACAGCUGCUGCUGAUGAAGAACGGCUGCUUUUCCAACGAUCUGUUGUCCCAACUGGCGGGCGAUGGCACGGACUAUGUGGAUCUGGAUACCGGUGCCGCUGCCUUCCUGACCAAUGGGGGCUGCCUGGCGUGAGGGCGGGCCCAGCGGGCAUCGGCACCGGCAAGCGCAAACGCACACGAACGUGAUCGCGAUCGCGAUCGCGAUCUCCUGCUACUGGCCUUCGAUCAGGAUGGUGGCCAGGAGGGGGAGCAGCAGCAGUCGUCGUCGUCGUCGCACAGGCCGAGCAGCAGUCCGCAGCAGCAGCAGGAUGUAGAGAUGGAGCUGGAAAUGGAGCUGGAACUGGACGAGGAGGAGGAUCCAGCCUGGACACAUGUUGAUUAUUGGUGUUAGGUGCUGGAUCCUGUACCUUGAUGUAUAUUUUUUAGAUGCUACUCAUCGACUAAGCAGAAGAACAGAUAGAAAAGCUGAAGCCGCAGUCCCCAAGGACGCACUGAAACAUUACCCCUUUGAAUGUCCUUGAAGUUCUGUUUGAAUUUCCCUCAAAGUACCCCUAAAUUGUCCCCUAAAAUUAUCCCCCAAACAACAAUCCUUUGACACCUUUUCCCCGCCCUAAUUCCCAAUGAUGCCUUUUUCCCGCCGUUAAUCGAUCCGAGUUCUUCCAGAAAUAAAAACAGCAGAGUAUCCCUGAUAACCCAUGCCCCUAAGCCUCGAAUACCCCCCAAAACCCUGAUCCCCCAUCGUGCAUGUCCGCCUGGAGCGGCGUCCAGCCUGUGGCUUGACUACCUCAUGAAGCAAAGAAAGCAGAAAACAGAAAACAAUUUAAUUAACACUUUAAACCUAUCAUUAAACAAUCAGUUUUAGGGAGAGUGAACGAGAGAGGAGUAGAGGAAUAGGAGAGUAGGAGUAGCAGUUAGAGAGGAGAGAAUCACUUGCAUAAUUGUACAUAACCCAACUUUUUUGAUACGAGAUAAAUCGAUAACAUUCCAUUGCAAGCGUAAGAGAGCAAAGAGAGAGAUAGGGAGAGGAAAAGAGCAGUGAUCAACUGCUAGCAGUCACACACACACAUCCGCAUCAGUAAUUAUUAAUUUUAAUUUUUGUUCAAUUUCCUCCUCCAUUCUCUAAGCGUUUGUCCUUUGAUUUUCUUGGUCCUUUGAUCCUUAAACGAAAUGCCUUACAAGUUAUAAAACAUUUAUAUAUAUUCACAUGAAAAGAGAGAUUAACGAGAGGAACGAGAAGGAUGUUUUUUCGAUUCGGAAAGCGCAUGCGAUAUAUUUGACGACGUUUGAUAUUUUUUUGUCUAAAAAACACUCUAGCCUUAGUCAGUGAUAAAAAACAACCCCUAUAUAUACAGUCGAUAUAUAUAUAUAUACAUGUACGAUAUAUACAUUUUUGUUUUUUUUUUGUGUCCAUAUUUUGUAAGCUAACUUUAAUGAUAAAACAAAAAAAAACAACAAAAAAACAAGAAAACAAAAACAAAAUGUUGCCUUAAUCAAAAAAAAAGAACAAAAUUUUAAAUAAAAAAACAAAACUUUCUAUUUGACAAAAAACUAAAUUACUAAUCCAACACUUUGUUAAUUCUUUUGCAACAAAAACAACUAAUCUACAAACAAAAAUGAUUAUUAAAAACUAUAUAUACAUGCAAUGAGCGGAAGCGGAAGAGAGAGAGAGUGAGAGAGGAAGAGGUAUACUUGUAGUCUAUAGAACGAUCGAAUACUUCGAUGACCACUAAGUGUUGCUAAAUACUGCAAAAAUCCUUCAAAACUUGCGCCUUAUUACAGUUUAAUGAAAGAAAGAAAGAAAAAACAAAUGUGAAACUUUUUGUAAAUGAUAUAUUAUUAUAUAUACUAUAUAUAGGAUAUACAUAUAGGAGACCAUAUGAUGCCUGUACCAUUUAUAUAUGCAUAUACCUAUGUAUAUUUGUGUGUGUCUAUUGCCUGAUCAAAAAAACGUUAUACCUUUAUACAGAUUUAAUACAUAUGCAAGGUUCUACAUGUGUAUAAAACAAAACAGCUGUGAACACCAAAAAGUGGCCUAAAGGAGCAAGAUCAUAUACCCACACAGAUAGAAAAAAGAACGGAACAGAAAAGAAAAGAAAAAGUGCUUUGUUUGUAAUUUGUAAUUGUAAUUGCCUCGAUUUGUACUAAAGAAUAACCGAUAAACAAAAAAUAAACAACUAUAUCUAAUAUUUAUAUAUUACUAUAUAUGAAAAAAAAAUACCAAUAUCUAUGUCUACAACCAUAUGUAAAUGUUUAACAGAGCUCUGCACACGCCUUUCUCUAGUUGUACCUAUACCAUAAAUGUUAUACAUACAUACAUAUAUCACCAUUGAACCUUGAACCUUGAGCCUUGACGCCUUGAUCCAUUAACCAUGAACCUUUGUACACCCACACCACCCCUGUGCCCAGCCUAUUUGCCUUGAAUAGGUUUGAUUGUUAGAGCAUCCAAAGGAGUCAUGACUUUCCCCCAGUUCCCGAAGCGAAGGUGUGUUCGAAAAUGGGAAGAGAGUUACCUGAGAACAUUUGAAAUUAAGCAAAAACUUUACCUCACAUACGACACACAAAACCCUAUAUAGAGGAUCAGUGCAGAGACUCCGACCGCUCCACUCGCCCACAUACGAUAUUAUGCUUUGAUCCAAGCUUCCAACCAAAACAGAAACAGACUCUCAGGUGUAGCGAGUGGAAGGAGCUGCCUACCUCGGCAAUGUUAAAUUUAACUGUAAAACCACACUGUAAACUUAAACUGUAAACUGUAAAUGUAAUGCAAAGCUGUAAAAUCGUAACUAUAAAUGGCUAUUAUGCAAUCAAAAACUCCAUGAUCAGCCCAUGAUAAACACCCCUCCCAGAAGAUGGAUGUGGAGGAAAGAGUUCUUCGCUUGUAAAUUGUUUUCUUUUUUUUUUUGUACCCAUUUGUUUAUUUUGUUUUUCGAUUAUUAAUCGAUAUCUAAUACAUAGAAUACAUAUAAUACAUAUAAUAUGACAUACAUAUAUGGCCUAAAAAUAUGCUGAGUUUUGUAUGCGUUUUGGGGUCUGCCUACAGCUGCGAAAUGAGGGGGAGAGGAAGAAUAGACAUAUAGCAUCAUCAGAAAUAGAAUCAGAAUCAUCACCUCAUUUCACCUCAACGACUUACCCACAGACCUUUGGAUACUGACCUCUGACCUGGAACUGGACCUUGACUUCAUUCUCUAGCUUUUAGUUUGUAGGCUACACACAAGAACGAUUUUGUUUGCUGUUUGUUGUAACAAAAGAAAGCGCUACAAAAGUACCUGGACAUAACAAAUUUAACGAUCCACGAUAAAUAUCGAUAUGCGAUAGCGAUCAGUGUUGGUUAAGUGUUUAAACAUAGAGCCCCCUCCCCCAUAGAGUACCAGCUGCAGGCAGAACCGCAGAGCCACAGAACACCGAACACCCAAAAGAACUUCCCAUUGAUUGUAUAGAUUAUAGAGCCAUAUGUAUAUUGCUUAAAGAUAUUUAAAAGAUAUAUAAAGUUAAAGAUCCAAUGUAAUAUAUGUGUCUGUCUUUCCACCACCAGCCCCACAAGAGAAAAAACAAGCAAAAAAAAACAAAAAGAAAACUCCCACAAACUGUGCUAAAAAAAAGAGAACCCCUAAGAAAGAAAGAAAGAAAGAACGGACGAUAAAGAGAGAGUGUUGUUAUUUGAAAAGAGAGUCCCAGAUGUUAUUUGUGUGGUUUUGACCAGAGCAAAACCGUACGAGAAAUAGAUCUAGCCGACUACUACUACAUAUAAGAAGAGAGCAAAAAGAAGAACAAU